AUGCUUGGAGAAUAUUCUACAUCAUUUCAAAAAUUAGAAAAAAAUGAUCAUUCUCCUACGUUAACGUGGGCGAAAUGGGAACAAUUAUGGAACGUAAUGCGGUCUAAGGAUAAAGAAUUAGCAAUGAAAAGAAAUCCUAAAUUGUUUGAUCAAAGUCCCGAUAUUAGGCCUAAAAUGAGAUCUAUUCUUUUAGACUGGAUUACAGAAGUUUGUGAAGCGUAUAAAAUUCAUAGGGAAACUUAUUAUUUAGCCGUUGAUUAUUUAGAUCGAUAUUUAUCUAUUCAAACUGGAGUUGUUAGAAGCGUCACUUGCUUAUUUAUAGCGUCUAAAGUUGAAGAAAUUUAUCCUCCAAAAUUAAUGGAAUUCGCAUUUGUCACAGAUAAAGCAUGUAAAGCGGAACAAAUUUUGGAUAUGGAAUUGGUUAUACUUAAAACCUUAGAUUGGAAUUUAGCAUCAAUAACCGCACAUGCUUGGUUAAAUUUAUACACUCAAAUUUGUAAUGUCAAUAAUUCAAAUGAAAAUUUAUCAAAUUAUUCUUUUAUAUUUCCAAACCAUUCAAUAAAAGAAUAUUUGCAAUCCUCUCAACUAUUGGAUUUGUGUAUUCUCGACGAAGGCUCCCUAAGAUUUCCUUACAGUGUUUUAGCCGCAUCCGGAAUUUAUUUAACAUCAUACACUGAUCAAAUUCUUCGUGCAUCAGGUUUGCAGUGGUCGGACAUUUCAGAGUGUGUAGAAUGGAUGAGUGCAUUCGCUCAAACAAUUAAAGAAGAAAAAUCUUCCAACUCCCCAAGUAAGAUUAACCAUUUAUCAUCAAAUAUUUCAAAUGAAUUUUAUCAAAGGCAAACUCAUUCUGUGGAUUUAAAUUUAUUGGAAAAAGCUCAAAUAAAAAUUCAAAACAGAAUAUCUGAUGUUAGUACUCCUACUCACAAAUCAAUGGUUUUUUUGACGCCUCCUUCAAGCACGAAAAAAACAUCGUCCAAUACUGAAAUUAUUUGUGGUUAA